AUGUCUGCUAAUAGAAAUUGGCCUCUGAUGCAUUUAGAUGUGAAAUCUACAUUUCUGAAUGGUCCUUUACAAGAGGAAGUUUAUGUAUCACAACCUCACGGGGGUGAGCUUAUGUACUUAGAUAAGGGUAUAAUCUUGCAUAAGUUGAAGUAUGAACUUGAGCUUCUGGAGAUAUUUGAGCUAACGAACUGCAAGUCUGCAAUCAUACCUGCUGAAACAAAUCACAAGUUGGAUUCUGAUGUUGAGGGUGAUGAUGUAGAUGCUACAACUUUUAAACAGUUGGUGGGCUCAUUGAGAUAUCUCUAUAAUACCAUAUUUGAUAUCUAUUAUGCAGUUGGAAUGAGCUGGUAUGUUAUUCAGACUCUGAUUAGUGUGGAGACAGAGUUGACAAAAGAAGUACUUCUGGAUAUUUCUUUAAGUAUCUGGGAGGAUCUGAAGAUCAAGGCAAGCAAGUCUGUGAAGUUGAUGAUUGACAAAAAAUUAGUUAUAAGUCUUGCCAAGAAUCCAGUGUUACAUGAAAGAAGCAAGGACAUUGACACAGAGUUUCAUUUUCCGAGACAUUAA